CCCCUAGCCCUGCCCAGGCGUUCCACACGCCCUGAACCGGCCCGGAGUGCGCGCUCACUCUCUCGACGCUCCCCACAGCCACCACCACCCUUCAGAAUGGCCAACAGGGGUCCUGCCUACGGCCUGAGCCGGGAAGUGCAGCAGAAGAUUGAGAAACAGUAUGAUGCAGACUUGGAGCAGAUCCUGAUCCAGUGGAUCACCACCCAGUGCCGCAAGGAUGUGGGCCGGCCCCAGCCUGGGCGUGAGAACUUCCAGAACUGGCUCAAGGAUGGCACGGUGCUGUGUGAGCUCAUUAAUGGACUGUACCCUGAGGGGCAGGCCCCGGUGAAGAAGAUACAGGCCUCCACCAUGGCCUUCAAGCAGAUGGAGCAGAUCUCUCAGUUCCUGCAAGCAGCCGAGCGCUAUGGCAUCAAUACCACUGACAUCUUCCAGACUGUGGACCUCUGGGAAGGAAAGAAUAUGGCUUGUGUACAGCGAACGCUGAUGAACCUGGGUGGUCUGGCAGUAGCCCGAGAUGAUGGGCUUUUCUCUGGAGAUCCCAACUGGUUUCCUAAGAAGUCCAAGGAGAACCCUCGGAACUUCUCGGACAACCAGCUGCAAGAGGGCAAGAACGUGAUUGGGUUACAGAUGGGCACCAACCGAGGGGCAUCUCAGGCAGGCAUGACCGGCUAUGGGAUGCCACGCCAAAUCCUCUGAUCUUCCCCCAGCCUUGCUCCUGCCCUCCCUUGGAUGGUUUAUAUAUAUAUAUAUAAAAUACACACACACACAGCCAUAUAUAUAUAUAUAUAUAUAUAUUUUUUAGCAAUGAUAUUCCCUGAAAGCUCCCCUCUGCCAGGGUGGGGGCCUGGCCUGUCUCCUCUUGGGGUGCCUAAUUGUGGCCUCUCCCCCUGUGCUUACUAAUACAUUCCCUUCUCCGAACCCAUAAAAACUGGACCAACUGGCCCCCUUUUUUUCCCUGGGACCAAAUGUAGGACCUCUUCCUCUCCCUUCAUACCUCGUCUCCCAUGACCUGUGCACCCUCAAUCCAUUCCUUGGCUGGGUGUCAACGAUGCUGCCUUCGGGCCUUCCACAAAUAUGCCUUGCUCACAGCUGUGGCUGCAGGGACUUAACUUAUAGGGAGGGGCCUGUGGCAGCUGCCACUCCUGCCACAGCUGGACUGGGCUCACCACACAUUGGAGGCACCCUGCCCUGGCAGAGGCCCUUUUGGCUUCUCAUUUUCCAUUCCCCUCACUGUGGCUAAGGGGAGGGGUCGGGUGAAGGGAGAGGGAAGGGAGCACUGCCCACUCUGGGCUGGGGCUUGAAGAAUCUGAGUUUGCUGAUUUAAAUAAAGAAUCUCUUUUG